AUGCCAGACGAGGCUUGGACUGGAGGGAACGUGGGGGUGGCAGAGGGUAUGCCAGACGAGGCUUGGACUGGGGGGAACGUGGGGGUGGCAGAGGGUAUGCCAGACGAGGCUUGGACUGGGGGGAACGUGGGGGUGGCAGAGGGUAUGCCAGACGAGGCUUGGACUGGAGGGAACGUGGGGGGGUGGAAGAGGGUAUGCCAGACGAGGCUUGGAUUGGAGGGAACGUGGGGGGUGGCAGGGGGUAUGCCAGACGAGGCUUGGACUGGAGGGGAACGUGGGGGUGGCAGGGGGUAUGCCAGACGAGGCUUGGACUGGAGGGAACGUGGGGGUGGCAGAGGGUAUGCCAGACGAGGCUUGGACUGGAGGGAACGUGGGGGUGGCAGAGGGUAUGCCAGACGAGGCUUGGACUGGAGGGAACAUGGGGGGGUGGCAGAGGGUAUGCCAGACGAGGCUUGGACUGGAGGGAAUGUGGGGGUGGCAGAGGGUAUGCCAGACGAGGCUUGGACUGGGGGGAACGUGGGGGUGGCAGAGGGUAUGCCAGACGAGGCUUGGACUGGGGGGAACGUGGGGGUGGCAGAGGGUAUGCCAGACGAGGCUUGGACUGGAGGGAACGUGGGGGGGUGGAAGAGGGUAUGCCAGACGAGGCUUGGAUUGGAGGGAACGUGGGGGUGGCAGGGGGUAUGCCAGACGAGGCUUGGACUGGAGGGAACAUGGGGGUGGCAGAGGGUAUGCCAGACGAGGCUUGGACUGGAGGGAACGUGGGGGGUGGCAGGGGGUAUGCCAGACGAGGCUUGGACUGGAGGGAACGUGGGGGUGGCAGAGGGUAUGCCAGACGAGGCUUGGACUGGAGGGAACGUGGGGGGUGGCAGAGGGUAUGCCAGACGAGGCUUGGAUUGGAGGGAACGUGGGGGUGGCAGGGGGUAUGCCAGACGAGGCUUGGACUGGAGGGAACGUGGGGGUGGCAGAGGGUAUGCCAGACGAGGCUUGGACUGGAGGGAACGUGGGGGGGUGGCAGAGGGUAUGCCAGACGAGGCUUGGACUGGAGGGAACGUGGGGGGUGGCAGGGGGUAUGCCAGACGAGGCUUGGACUGGAGGGAACGUGGGGGUGGCAGAGGGUAUGCCAGACGAGGCUUGGACUGGAGGGAACGUGGGGGUGGCAGAGGGUAUGCCAGACGAGGCUUGGACUGGAGGGAACAUGGGGGUGGCAGAGGGUAUGCCAGAUGAGGCUUGGACUGGAGGGAACGUGGGGGUGGCAGAGGGUAUGCCAGACGAGGCUUGGACUGGAGGGAACGUAGGGGAUGGCAGAGGGUAUGCCAGACGAGGCUUGGACUGGAGGGAACAUGGGGGUGGCAGAGGGUAUGCCAGACGAGGCUUGGACUGGAGGGAACGUGGGGGUGGCAGAGGGUAUGCCAGACGAGGCUUGGACUGGAGGGAACGUGGGGGGUGGCAGAGGGUAUGCCAGACGAGGCUUGGACUGGAGGGAACGUAGGGGUGGCAGAGGGUAUGCCAGACGAGGCUUGGACUGGGGGUAUGUGGGGGUGGCAGAGGGUAUGCCAGACGAGGCUUGGACUGGGGGUAUGUGGGUGGAUGCUGAGGUAUUUCUCUAGAGGUAAUGUGUGUCUAGUGAACCCUUUAACUGAACCAGAGACUGUUAAACUACCUGGAACAUGGGAGAACAGAGGCAGAUAUUAAAGAGCACGUCUGAAUCAACAGACAAUUGGGUUUAAACCAUAGAGGUAAUUCUCUGGCUGUCUUAAAUGGCACCCUAUCCCCUAUGUAGUGCACUAACUUUAAUCAGGGCCCAUAGGGCUCUGUUCAAAAGAAGUGCACUAUAUAGAGAACAGUUAGCCUUUUCAGACGCAGACCCUGACUAGUAACUGACUGUACAUUCUGUUCUGAGAGAAACAUAUAGACUUAACAAGGCCUGCGUACAUGUGGACUUAACAAGGCAGCAUACAUGUGGACUUAACAAGGCCUGCGUACAUGUGGACUUAACAAGGCCUGCGUACAUGUGGACUUAACAAGGCAGUGUACAUGUGGACUUAACAAGGCAGCGUACAUGUGGACUUAACAAGACAGUGUACAUGUGGACUUAACAAGGCAGCGUACAUGUGGACUUAACAAGGCCUGCGUACAUGUGGACUUAACAAGGCAGCGUACAUGUGGACUUAACAAGGCGCUGUAUAGCCAUUCAUAAACCGUGUCAUUUCCAGAACUUACUGGCUGCGUCCCAAAUGGCUCCAUAUUACAGUGGGGGAAAAAAGUAUUUAGUCAGCCACCAAUUGUGCAAGUUCUCCCACUUAAAAAGAUGAGAGAGGCCUGUAAUUUUCAUCAUAGGUACACGUCAACUAUGACAGACAAAUUGAUUAGAAAAAAAAUCCAGAAAAUCACAUUGUAGGAUUUCUAAUGAAUUUAUUUGCAAAUUAUGGUGGAAAAUAAGUCUUUGGUCACCUACAAACAAGCAAGAUUUCUGGCCCUCACAGACCUGUAACUUCUUCUUUAAGAGGCUCCUCUGUCCUCCACUCGUUACCUGUAUUAAUGGCACCUGUUUGAACUUGUUAUCAGUAUAAAAGACACCUGUCCACAACCUCAAACAGUCACACUCCAAACUCCACUAUGGCCAAGACCAAAGAGCUGUCAAAGGACACCAGAAACAAAAUUGUAGACCUGCACCAGGCUGGGAAGACUGAAUCUGCAAUAGGUAAGCAGCUUGGUUUGAAGAAAUCAACUGUGGGAUCAAUUAUUAGGAAAUGGAAGACAUACAAGACCGCUGAUAAUCUCCCUCAAUCUGGGGCUCCCUCGAUCUCAAAAUGAUCACAAGAACGGUGAGCAAAAAUCACAGAACCACACGGGGGGACCUAGUGAAUGACCUGCAGAGAGCUGGGACCAAAGUAACAAAGCCUACCAUCAGUAACACACUACGCCGCCAGGGACUCAAAUCCUGCAGUGCCAGACGUGUCCCCCUGCUUAAGCCAGUACAUGUCCAGGCCCGUCUGAAGUUUGCUAGAGUGCAUUUGGAUGAUCCAGAAGAGGAUUGGGAGAAUGUCAUAUGGUCAGAUGAAACCAAAAUAUAACUUUUUGGUAAAAACUCAACUCGUCGUGUUUGGAGGACAAAGAAUGCUGAGUUGCAUCCAAAGAACACCAUACCUACUGUGAAGCAUGGGGGUGGAAACAUCAUGCUUUGGGGCUGUUUUUCUGCAAAGGGACCAUGACGACUGAUCCGUAUAAAGGAAAGAAUGAAUGGGGCCAUGUAUCGUGAGAUUUUGAGUGAAAACCUCCUUCCAUCAGCAAGGGCAUUGAAGAUGAAAUGUGGCUGGGUCUUUCAGCAUGACAAUGAUCCCAAACACACCGCCUGGGCAACGAAGGAGUGGCUUCGUAAGAAGCAUUUCAAGGUCCUGGAGUGGCCUAGCCAGUCUCCAGAUCUCAACUCCAUAGAAAAUCUUUGGAGGGAGUUGAAAGUCCGUGUUGCCCAGCGACAGCCCCAAAACAUCACUGCUCUAGAGGAGAUCUGCAUGGAGGAAUGGGCCAAAAUACCAGCAACAGUGUGUGAAAACCUUGUGAAGACUUACAGAAAAUGUUUGACCUCUGUCAUUGCCAACAAAGGGUAUAUAACAAAGUAUUGAGAAACUUUUGUUAUUGACCAAAUAUUUAUUUUCCACCAUAAUUUGCAAAUAAAUUCAUAAAAAAUCCUACAAUGUGAUUUUCUGGAGAAAAAAAAUCUCAUUUUGUCUGUCAUAGUUGACGUGUACCUAUGAUGAAAAUUACAGGCCUCUCUCAUCUUUUUAAGUGGGAGAACUUGCACAAUUGGUGGCUGACUAAAUACUUUUUUUCCCCACUGUACUUGUAUAGCCCUAUGGGCUCUGGUCAAAAGUAGUGCACUAUGUAGGGGAUAGGGUGCCAUUUAGGAUGCAAACUAGCACCCUAGCAGCUGUAGCAGAGUAUUGACAUACUGUACAGUACAAGACAAAGCCUUUAAAGAAUAUCCACAGGAUUAACCCCUCCUCCCUGACCUUAAAGAAUAUCCACAGGAUUAACCCCUCCCCCCUGACUUUAAAGAAUAUCCACAGGAUUAACCCCUCCCCCCUGACUUUAAAGAAUAUCCACAGGAUUAACCCCUCCCCCCUGACUUUAAAGAAUAUCCACAGGAUUAACCCCUCCCCCCUGACUUUAAAGAAUAUCCACAGGAUUAACCCCUCCCCCCCUGACUUUAAAGAAUAUCCACAGGAUUAACCCCUCCCCCCCUGACUUUAAAGAAUAUCCACAGGAUUAACCCCUCCCCCCUGACUUUAAAGAAUAUCCACAGGAUUAACCCCUCCCCCCUGACUUUAAAGAAUAUCCACAGGAUUAACCACUCCCCCCCUGACCUUAAAGAAUAUCCACAGGAUUAACCCCUCCCCCCUGACUUUAAAGAAUAUCCACAGGAUUAACCCCUCCCCCCUGACCUUAAAGAAUAUCCACAGGAUUAACCCCUCCCCCCUGACCUUAAAGAAUAUCCACAGGAUGAAUACUUCCUCCCUGACCUUUAUCUCGGGGAGUUUGGACGGAUACAUUAUAUUUUUACGACACACCUUUAAUGAAAGGAGACAUCUUCCCCCCAAUAGGUAUAUCUGUCUUGUGUGGGUGUUAGUCCGUUGAAAAUCUCACCUUCUUUGUUUUGAGAUAUAUCCUGACAGUGUUUCCAGGUAAGGGGUUUUUCCAGGUAUAUUAUCUGUGAAGGCAGUGAGUCAACAGGGUUAGUUUGGCCAUACCACUCAUUCCCUGAUGACGAUGUGUGUUAAACUGUGAGGCUGGCGUGCAUGACGUUGCCCAGUGUGUGUGACAUAGACUGAUGUGUGUAACCGGUGUGUGUGUGUGUGUGUGUGUGUGUGUGUGUGUGUGUGUGUUUGUGAGGCUGGUGUGUGUGACAUGGCUAUUUCAGCAUCAGAGCAUUAUCAUAGGUGAGAAGGAAAAAAAACCUAUGAGCUCCCUGCCUCAGUCCAACAGAGGGAGAUGAACCAAUACAGCGCAGUACACCAUUUACAGACAAUGGGUACUGUCAUGGGCUGAUUCUCAGUGUGUCUAACCACAGUGUUCAGAGCUCCCAGCAUUGACGGAUUCACGCUACACAGUUUUCCUCACACGUUAGAACUUACAGGCUUUCUCUUCAGUUUCAAUAGGGAAGAUGUCCAGAGAGCUACAGGGAGAACAUAGAAAAUAUGUUGGUUAUGGUUAGGCCAUUUUGUUAGGCCAUUUAGCCCUCUCCGAUACCAUGCGUUGACCCAGUAAUGGGUCAAACAAACAUGAUGGCAUGUCUCUCUGAACCCGUUCGAUCUCGUCACUGAACAUACAUGACUUCAGAUCCAUCCAUGCAUCUUGUCACGGACAUACAUACAUGUCACGAACAUACAUAUUACAUACGAUGCUAUAACCACCGCUACAAAUGAAGCUACUUAUCUGUUAACAUUCUCUAUCUCUCUCCCUCUUUCACUGACUGCUUCUGUAUGACACUUCUACUGCACUGCAAUGAUCUAUCUAUAACUGAAAAUAACGGUUCCCUUUCCUUGUCUGUGAUCAUCUUGAUCACUUGUUCUUCUUUCCUUCCUGCUCUUUCUUUCCUUCCUUUCUUCUCAUUCCAUCGGUCAUGCUCCUGUUGUCAUCCUUCCUUCCUUCCCCUUUCUCCUCUGUUCCUAUCCUCGUUUCCUUUCCUUCAAGGCUUCCUUCCUUGGGCGUUCCUCUUCCUUCCUUCCUCCCCUUCUUCCUUCCUUGCCUUCCUUGCGUCGCUGGUCCUACCUUCCUUGCCGCGGCCUUCCUGCGGCUUCCUUCCUUGGCGCUUCGUGUCCGGUCCUGUCUUCAGGUUCCAUUGGGUCCUUCUUGUCUGUUCUGCUGUUUUCCUGGUCCGUCCUCCUUGUUCCUUCCCUGUCCUUCCUUCCUUCCUUCUCUCCUUUCCGUCCUUCCUUCUCCUUCCCUUCCUUCCUUUUCCUUCUUCCUUCCUUCCUUUCCUUCCUUCCUUCCCUCCCGCCCUCCCUCCUUCCUCCCCCCUCCCUCCUACCUAAAUCCUAACACACCUGACCCUAGAAACAGUAGCCUCCCCAACACCAGCCCCUCAGGUCCCUAGCCCUGAGUCCCCUACUUAUUUGACUUACUCCUCUCCUCCUCCACCAGUUGUCCCCAGCUCAGGUGUCCUCCUCCCCUCUGCUCCCCGUGACGUGGUCCCUGUCCUAGUGUCCAGCCGUUUUGUCCGCCUCAGCUGGCGCCCCCCGCAGGAGACCAGAGGAACAGUCCAGACCUACGGCAUCUACUACUCCCAGGACACUGUCAACAGGUACGGUUAAAUACUAUAUGGUCUGGUCUACUACAUGUUCUGGACUACUGCAUGGUCUGGUCUACUACAUGGUCUGGUCUGGUCUACUACAUGGUCUGGUCUACUACAUGGUCUGGUCUACUACAUGGUCUGGUCUACUACAUGUUCUGGUCUACCACAUGGUCUGGUCUGGUCUACUACAUGGUCUGGUCUACUACAUGGUCUGGUCUACUACAUGGUCUGGUCUACUACAUGGUCUGGUCUACUACAUGGUCUGGUCUACUAUAUGGUCUGGUCUACCACAUGGUCUGGUCUACUACAUGGUCUGGUCUACUACAUGGUCUGGUCUACUACAUGGUCUGGUCUACUAUAUGGUCUGGUCUACCACAUGGUCUGGUCUACUACAUGGUCUGGUCUACUACAUGGUCUGGUCUACCACAUGGUCUGGUCUACUAUAUGGUCUGGUCUACCACAUGGUCUGGUCUACUACAUGGUCUGGUCUACUACAUGGUCUGGUCUACUACAUGUUCUGGUCUACCACAUGGUCUGGUCUGGUCUACUACAUGGUCUGGUCUGGUCUACUACAUGGUCUGUUUCUACUACAUGUUCUGGUCUACCACAUGGUCUGGUCUGGUCUACUACAUGGUCUGGUCUACUACAUGGUCUGGUCUACUACAUGUUCUGGUAUACCACAUGGUCUGGUCUGGUCUACUACAUGUUCUGGACUACUGCAUGGUCUGGUCUACUACAUGGUCUGGUCUACUACAUGGUCUGGUCUACUACAUGGUCUGGUCUACUACAUGGUCUGGUCUACUACAUGGUCUGGUCUACUAUAUGGUCUGGUCUGGUCUACUACAUGGUCUGGUCUGGUCUACUACAUGGUCUGGUCUACUACAUGGUCUGGUCUACUACAUGGUCUGGUCUGGUCUACUACAUGGUCUGGUCUACUACAUGGUCUGGUCUACUACAUGGUCUGGUCUACUACAUGGUCUGGUCUGGUCUACUACAUGGUCUGUUCUACUACAUGGUCUGGUCUACUACAUGGUCUGGUCUGGUCUACUACAUGGUCUGGUCUGGUCUACUACAUGGUCUGGUCUACACAUGGUUGGUCUACUACAUUGGUGUCUACUACAUGGUCUGGUCUGGUCUACUACAUGGUCUGGUCUACUACAUGGUCUGGUCUACUACAUGGUUGUCUGGUCUACUACAUGGUCUGGUCU